AUGACAUCAAAAGGGAAAAAAGCAAAAAAGAAAACUCCGAAAGUAAAACAGGAAAACAGGACGGUGGCUUCUGCUCUUUGUAAACCUGAUGCCCGUACUAUUAUAAAAAAUAAAGUCGGGAUCUACACCUAUUUCAGUAGCGAUGAAAUUUCUACCAUCAAAACAAUCUUAAAAGUCAAAGAUGUGAGUGGAGUACCGUACAUCAUCGGCGCAAUAGUAUUAAACAAAUUCGAUCUGCUUAGACAUUUAAUAAACGAAGGGUGUAACAUUAAUGAAUCUGGACCGUCUAAUUCGUCCGCUUUAAUAUGGGCGACGAAAUAUAAAAAUAUGGAAAUGAUCGAGUACCUGAUUUCUAAAGGAGCAGAUCCAACGAUGAAAACGGAAAAAGGCGAUAACGUACUAAUUAUAGCAUUAGAACACAAGAGCUGGGAGGAACAGGCCUACUUGAACCUUUGGAAGAUGGUGAAAACCAUCAGCUUUAUCGACGUUAACUACGCCAGCAAGCCCGGUCGUAAUAUGCUACACAUUGCUGUAAGAAGAGACUGGGAGGAGCUCAUCAAGAUACUCAUCACUGAAAACGCCAACGUUAAUCUUUCUAAUUCGAACGGCGUGACGCCCUUAAUGUUGGCGUGUUACAAGAACAACGUGAACGUGGCCAUGAAACUUAUAGCGGCGGGUGCUAACAUAUUGAAAGAGGAUCAUCAUAACAGAAUGGCCGUUUGUUAUGCGAUCUCUUCGGAGUUGAAAAAUUCAAAACCACCGUUCGUUCUCUCAGCGAAAGUUUUAACAGAACUUAAAAAGUUUAUUUCGGUUGAAGAAUAUGCCAAGAAAAUAUUGGAAAUUAUUCUUUCGUUGCCUGCCAAACCGGAAUUUCCACGUUCCACCUCUGAAAUGAUGGUAUACAUAGUGCAUUAUAUGAUACAAUAUAUCAGUGAUGGACCUAAAAUUAUUAUGAAGCUGAAAUUCUUGGAACAAAUAGCUGAAACAACGAAAGUCCAACAAAAUCCGGAAAUAAUCAAAUUCUUCGUCAAAUUGAUAUUAGAGGUCUUCUUUUAUAACGAACAGACGAGCGGUUUUGCACCGCAAAUUCAAAAGGAGCUUACGAUUUGUUUUAUUGAUUCAGAUUUACCUAACAUUUGUAUGGGUAUUCUCAUCAACGAUGAGGACAAUUGUAGUUAUCUCCUGUGUUUUUACACUAUGGUUUUGUUUGGCACAAUCACUGAACUUGGCCAGUCUUGGAUGCAACAAAAUUACCACACAGUUUUGCCCAUUUAUCAGCAAUACGUGAAUAAUUUAGCGGAUAUUCAGGAAAAAAUGGUCAUGGAGGAAAAACGAUUGAAGAUUAUAAAGAAGCACUUAAAGAAAUUGAGACGUUUCUUGUCGCAAUUUAAUAGGGAGACACCAGAAAACUUAUCAGUAAUUAAGGAUAACAGCAAAGAAGAAAACAUAGCUGCAAAAGAAGAGUUAAAGGGAGACGGCAGCGUUUCGUUGUCUAGCAAACAAAGAAAACGCCGCCUUAAGGCGUUAAAAGCUAAGAAGGCAAAACUGGUGAGCAUUCAAUUAACAGAAACACGAUUGACAACACUGACCGGGAAAUUGGUAUCUGAAUGCGACUUACAAGAAGAGAUUUUGUCGCCGGCAAACUGUGAAGACGACGUUGUUGAUGAUCUAGACGAAGGAUAUGCAGUAGAAGAACAUAAUCAAUGGGCGCCUAUUUUUGGCCCGUACAAAUUUACGACGCAAAAUAUUCUAGUAAAACAACAUCAAAAUCCUAUUGCACAUGGGAUACUACAGUUUUUGAAGAGGGUAAGCGAACCACCAAGGUCGGUGCCAGAAAAAUCAUUAAAAUCCUUAUGGAUAACCCAAAUUAAAUUUUUGCCAUUCAAACGUGGCCCAUUCUUUGAGGUCUUGCUAUCAAUAAAUAGGUUGGAUUUAGUAGAAGCUAGUGAAUGUUUAAAAAGCAUGGCUGAGAACAAUAUUUCUCCACAAAUAGACGACAUACGAACCGAGGUUGACCUAAUUAUACAGUAUUUAACGGAUUUAUUGCAAAUAUUAAUUAUAAAAUACAAACACCACUGGGAGAACGACAUGCGCAUUAAUUUACAUCCAGAUACUUACAAAGUGAAUAUGCAAGAAAUGGAAAAGUUGGACGAAAUUCAACUGAAAUUCGAAGAAUUGAUUAGAUCCAUAAGAGAAAUGGCAGGAACAAACAUGAUAGGCUGCUAUAGGACUAUGUGUGCUUUAGAGUCGAUACUCCUGAAUUAUAAAAUCCGUGGCCGCACUUUUAUGUACGAGUUAUGUCCUUCGGAAAGGUUUAGGAUGCAAAACAAGCAUCAACAUGAGUCUAGUUUACAACCUAGUGAUCAGUCAAUAUUACAAUUCAUAGAAGAUAAAGUGAAUGACAGAAAAGAUAGAAUAAGAAAUUGUACAUACGACUUCCACCCCAACUUUAAACGGGUGAAUCCGGAAAACCUUUCGGCUAGUGGCAACAACAAACGGACCAGUACUAUUGUUGAUGCAGCGACCGAACCGAAAUAUGACAACCCAAUAGAAAUAAAAGAAAGGACCUUAAACAACGCAUAUCAUAUGUUUAAUGAAAUGGCCACGAUUUGUGACGACAACAACGAUGACGAUGAUGAUUAUAAUAAAUUUAAGAACUCAAACAACAUGACCACCAUUAGUAAGUACCCGAGCUUGAAUUACUUCAACGGGCCGGAUCAAGUAGCAUCUAGAUGGUCAGGACGAAUUCGCAGUUUGAUGUGGGAGAAACACGUACAGAAACUCCUGUCGGGUGACGUUAUUAUCAGUUUAACUCCCACAAAGUACCAGGAGUAUGUAAUAUCACACGGGGGGAAUUUUAAUCCGGUGAUUUUAGGGCUGUCGGCCAAUCGGCAACAAGCCUUGGCAGUCAAAAUGUUGUCCAGAAAACAUUCUGUGAGCAAACUCUUGAAAAGUCUGAUCAAUCCCCUCUUAGGUUUGAGGCACAAAUAUCUAUUACAUUACUAUGCUUGCGACUACGAGUACAAUGAAUUAAUACUGGCAACUCCUUUAUGCGAGUUCAACAUUGGCCAGUACGUUACCCUGUUGAAGAAAGGUGGCACGCAGCACAACGUAUUCAACCUCACCCCUCUAGAUAUUGUAAGGCAGUUUCUUUUGGGUUUAAGAUAUCUCCACAUCAGAAAUGAACCUAUAGUUCACGGUAAUUUGAAACCUUCAAACAUAUUUGUUCAAAUAAAUGGAGUAGUAAAGGUGGCAGAGUUUGGAACGCACAAGGCACUGUAUAAAACUGUCGAAGCACCUAAAAGUUCUUUAAUUUGGUUUGCUCAAGAAACAUACAAUGGAUAUAAGAGAACGGCAACCAUCGAAUGUACAUGUUCUUCAGACAUUCAAGUUGCAGGAAUGUUAAUUUAUUACAUAUUAUCUGGAGGAGAUCAUCCUUGUGGAUCUCAUGUAAAUAUUAUAUUGAAGAACCUAGAAAACUCAAUUUUAUUUUUACCCAAGACCAUUGAGGCCACACUAAAUGAUUUGGUUACGGGAAUGAUGAUGCACAAUCCCAUGAAAAGGCCAAAUAUUGAACAAGUUUUAGCGCAUAUUAUGUUUUGGUCGGAAGAGCGCAAGUGGAGAUUUAUACUAAAUUGUGCUGGAAUAAAUUAUCAUCACAGAAAUCGUAGUACAGUUACACCUUUGGACAUAGACGUUAAAAAUUUGCUGAGCACAAUUGACAAACGUGCCAUUCAAGAACAAUAUAAUGGAAAAUGGGUAGAUAUAAUGAAGACGGUAUUCCCGAAUGUCUGCGUUUGUGCAGAAGACACACUUGCCGGACUUUUAAGAUUUAUCAGAUACCUUUACGACAAGCAUAGUCACAUAAUGGAAAUUAAAGAAGCGGAACUUAGAAAACAAAUACUGCCGUGCUUUUCCAGGAUUUUGUUGUCCCUAUGCAAAAUAUUAGGCACUACCAAUUGGUUAAACCAUCCUGUUUUUUACGAAUAUACUGAGGCUGAAUCUAAUGAACUGAAUUAAUAUGAUCAAUUUACAUUUAUUUUACAAGUCAAUAUUUAUGUGAUAUUUUUAUUUAUACAGUUUUAUGCUUUAUGCUUAUUAAUAAAAAAGGAAAAAUAUUA